GGCCGGAAAUGUAUGGAGCCCGCGCGGCGUUGGUUCUCGAGGUGAGCGUCCAACCUUCCAGGACGCGUCCUACAUCUUAACCCUUCUGGGUCCAGGAGGGUUCCAAAAGGUCCUCCAUUUUAGAGGCUGAAGAAGUGCUGCACAUGUUAUUUCCACGCAUGAAUAUUUUAAGUAUGCAUCUAUUGAAUGCUGUCAGAAGAUCUGUCUUCCAGUUGGCUGUGCAAGAUGGGAUGAAAAGAGGGGUAUUUUUAGUCAUGCCUAGCAAGGUCAUGAUGCACAGAACAUUGUUUUUGUCUGCUUGUCUGAACAAAAAUACUGCACCAGAUACAACUGAGAAAUUAGACUUGGAUGGCUGGAAACAUGUAAUGCGAACUGCUGUGCAAGAGGAAAGCAGUGAAGGAACAUCAGACAGCGAAGAAGACUCUCGUGUAGCAGCUACUAGGGAACUUAUUGAGAUGUGGAGGCUUUCCGGUAAAGCUGUUCCAGAAAAUAUCAGCGAAGAGCAGUUAAAGAUCCUGAUGGACUCUCCCACUAAAUCUUCCAAAAAGAAAUAUUUACAGUUCUUGGCUAAAAAAGAAAAUAUGAAGAAAGCCGCAAAAGAAAAGAAAAAACAAAAGGCAGCCAAGACAGAAAUAAGUCCAGAAGCUCAGGAUUAUGUUGCUGGUGAGCUAAAAAACACAUUUCUCUUGAAGUUUUGGUCCAGAUCGGAAGAUGCUAUCUACAACUGGAGAGCUGCUCAGGCUAUGAUCUUUGGUCAACCUCUGGUGUUUGAUAUGGACUAUGAAAACUGUAUGUCGCGUAGAGAAAUGGAAAAUGCAGUAAAACAGCUGAUGGAAUCUGAAGGCAUCAAUCGUAGAGGAAAGGAUCCAUUUCACUUACAUUAUUGCAAUCUCAAAACAGGUGGUCUUUAUCACAAAGAAUUAAUCAGACGCUAUGGAGAUGCAUGGGACAAUUUGUUUGUGACAGUGACAGAAAAGGCUUACAAUGAAAUAUUUCCAAGAGAUCAGAUUGUCUAUUUGACUGCUGAUUCCCCCAAUAUAAUGAAAAAAUUUGAGCAUGAUAAAAUCUAUAUAAUUGGAUCCCUAGUUGAUAAGUCAAUACAGACAGGGGUCUCUCUCGCUCGUGCAAAACGCCUGAACUUGGCAACAGCACGACUUCCUUUGGACAAAUACUUGCAGUGGGAGGAAGGUGCCAAAAAUCUCACUUUGAAUCAGAUGAUGUCUAUCUUAUUAACCCUGAAGGAUACAGGAGACUGGAAGGAUGCUUUGCAAUUUGUUCCACGUAGAAAACAUGCAGGCUUUAUGGAAAUGUCCCUUUCAAAGGAUCAGAUUGAUGCAUGGAAAAAGACCAAAAUGCAUGAGAGAACAGUGGGCAAAGAAAAAUCACACAGAUCUUUUGCAGGGAAUUCUUCCAGAUGGCAAGUGCAGAAAAAGUGGUGGGAAGAUGUAUCUUAAUAGCAUAUUAGUCGUCAUUUUAUACCUGAUGCAAAUUUCAGUCAAAAUUUAGAUUUUUACUGUUAGAAGGGUUUGUCUAGCACACUUAAGGAGAAAAUAAAAAGAUUGAACAACCCAGUGUCCAAAAAUAUGCAAAGUGACUUUCACUUAUUGUGUAAACUCACCCAUCCCUUUUCCUAGGGAGAGAAUCAAUAUUUCUGGCUAUAGGUGUUAUCACUCAAGAUCUGUGAGUAAUACCAAACCUGCUUAUGUGAAAUGUGCAGCUUACUGUUAGCCCCCUUUGUGCUCAGAGGGAAAAAGUGACUAUAAUGAUUCAGGGGCAUGCUGAUGCAGCACUGUCAGGGCCCCUUUCCCACCCCUGGGGCAAAACAGCUUGCAGUUGCUUUGAAACAAUUUUCUUGGACAAUGAGCCCAUUUUUUCGUAGUUUGCAAUUAUGCCAAUUGUAUAGAGUUUAUGAGUACUUUGAGGGGUGGAUAUACUUGUGUUGGCAUAGCUGUAGUUAUGCUGGAAAAUAAACCCUAGUUUGUUUGGCUUUCAGCUGUGGUUUUGCUGUUUCCUUUAUAAGGAGAAAGCAGGAUAAUGAAAAUUUUAAUCUCAUGUUGCAUUAAUUUUUGAGAUAUUAUUCAGACACUUAUAUUUACUGGUUGAAUACAUAAGACCAAUUACCAACAGGUGACUUGGUGUGCCUAUAGCUGCUUGACCAUGUUAUGGGAGGUUAUGCCCUAUCUUUUAAUGUAUCUUUUAAUCAAAUAAUCUUCAUGGUUGAUUAUAGUUCUGGGGGAAAAUACAAGAAUUGAACAAACAAUAUUUGAAAAAUAGCCUUUUUGGCCAGGCAAUAUCUCCCAGGUUCAUUUGAUGCUGGCUCAUUGCCAAUGAUUCCAAGCCAUGGUGGGUAUCACACCAUUUGCUAAGGUACUGGGGUUUAACUAACCUGCCCUGGGGUGAGCUCUCUCUCACCAUGUGGUACCUUAGGCAUCUUUAUAAUCUUGUCAGACAGUAAUAAUGUUCAAGUUCGUUUAGUUAUCUCAGUAGACGGAGUAAGAUAGCUUCUUGGGGUUCCCUAUCAGAAGCAACUUCUGUUGCCAUUUAUCUGAUCAAUUAUGAAGAUGAUCAUUUAUUUCUAGAUAUUUAGCCUGUAAAUGACUUUGCAGAAACCUAAAUUCUGCUCUUUGUGGACACUUAACACAGAAAUAAAUUGUGCACUUUGUAGCCUGACUGUGAUCAUGCUAAAAGGUUCCCCAUCCCAGCAUUAUGGUAUGUGUAAUGACAUUGCAAGCGGUGAGAAUUUCCAGCACAAGUCUUAAUAUUGCCUAUCACCUUGAAGGCCCAAGUGAGUAUAGAGAUGAUGAACAAAUGCCUUUACUAAAUAAGUUGUCAUUACCUGAAAUUGGUGAGAUUACCUUAAUAAAUGACUGUGCAUUUACUGUGUAAAUAUUCAUAAUGUCCAAAAUACAGUGGUUUAUAUAGCUGAGGAUUUAUCACCCUAUAAGCAUCUGAAGACAUGGCUUUAUAUCCCCGAAAGCUAAUGCAAAAAUAAAACCAGUUAAUCUUAAA